CCAAUAGCGGAUGGCGUGGGAUCAGCUACACCGCUUUAACUAAUCUGUCUGACGCCCAAAGGUGCGGUGGAUCUCCGGUGGUAGGUGCGCUACAAAGAAGCCUGAGAAGGACGAACGAUCUCGGCCAAACGAGUGGAUUGUAGCCUGCUGCUAUAGGGCUGCUCCCCCACAAUGAUCAUAACACUGCGGGCUCUCCUCGAACAAGGGAGGACAUUUUUGGAUGCACAGAGAGAAAUAAUAGAAGACCUCGCCAUGAACAAAAACAAGAAAGAAAGAGAGUUCUACAGCCUAGAUGUUGGGGACUCAACGUUUACAGUACUCAAGCGAUACCAGAACCUGAGACCCAUCGGCUCAGGAGCUCAGGGAAUCGUCUGCUCUGCCUAUGACCAAAACCUGGAACGAAACGUUGCCAUCAAGAAGCUGAGUCGGCCGUUUCAAAAUCAAACCCAUGCCAAGAGGGCGUACAGAGAGCUAGUCCUAAUGAAAUAUGUCAAUCACAAAAAUAUCAUCCACCUAUUAAAUGUAUUUUCCCCACAAAAAACAUUAGAAGAUUUCGCAGAUGUAUACUUGGUGAUGGAGCUGAUGGAUGCUAACCUGUGCCAGGUCAUUCAGAUGGAACUGGACCAUGAGAGGCUGUCCUAUCUGCUCUAUCAGACAUUGUGUGGCAUCAAACACCUGCAUGCCGCCGGAAUAAUUCACAGGGACCUGAAGCCCAGCAACAUAGUUGUCAAGUCAGAUUGUACACUGAAGAUUUUGGACUUUGGCUUGGCUCGGACAGCUGCCACGGGCCUCUUGAUGACACCUUAUGUGGUUACACGCUACUACAGAGCCCCAGAGGUUAUCCUGGGCAUGGGCUACCAAGCAAAUGUGGAUGUAUGGUCAGUGGGCUGCAUAGUGGCCGAGAUGAUCAAGGGGUGCGUGUUGUUCCCCGGCACUGAUCACAUCGACCAGUGGAACAAGGUAAUUGAGCAGCUAGGCACUCCAUCUCAGGAUUUUCUAAUGAAGCUGAACCAGUCAGUAAGAACGUACGUAGAAAACAGGCCACGCUAUGCUGGGUACACCUUUGAGAAACUCUUCCCAGAUGUGCUCUUCCCUGCCGACUCUGAUCACAACAAACUCAAAGCGAGCCAAGCCAGAGAUCUGUUAUCCAAGAUGUUGGUGAUCGAUGCCUCCAAGCGCAUCUCCGUAGAUGAGGCCCUGCAGCACCCCUACAUUAACGUUUGGUACGACCCGGCCGAAGUGGAAGCGCCCAUUCCAAAGAUCCUUGAUAAGCAGCUAGAUGAGAGGGAGCAUACCGUGGAGGAGUGGAAAGUGCUAAUUUAUAAGGAAGUGAGUGAGUGGGAGGAGCAUAAAAGAAAUGGUGUGAUAAGAGGCCAGCCUCCUCCUCUAGGUGCAGCAGUGAUUGACAGCCCCCCUCAACCCACGUCAUCCUCCUCUUCGGCCAACGAUGUCUCGUCCAUGUCCACAGAGCCCACUGACCCUAGCAGUGACCCCACCAUCACCUCUGAAACAGACAGCAGUUUAGACAGCCACACCUCUCUGGGUGCGCUGGCCUGCUGCAGAUAACACACGCAUACACGCAUACACACACACACACACACACACACACACACACACACACACACACACACACACACACACAC